GCAUAAGAUUGGUGUUAUUUGUUUUCAUCUUAACCUAACCUAUCUUUCUCCAGUUAACGAACCCUUGAAAAUUACGGACUACGCACCAUCAGAGGAUUCGUAUUACGGCGAAGUUCCUUCGAUUCCAGAUCCUGAGUAACGAUUCGUCGGCGUCAUGGUGUGCGAGAAGUGCGAGAAGAAGUUGGGUCGCGUAAUAACACCCGACCCGUGGAAAUCUGGGGCUAGAAACACGGUAGAAAGUGGAGGUCGGAAAGUCGGGGAAAACAAAGCUCUGUCCACUAGCAAGGCGCGGUUUAAUCCGUACACAGCUAAAUUCGAAACCUGUAAAAUAUGCAGGCAAAAGGUUCACCAGGUCGGAUCUCAUUACUGCCAAUCCUGCGCGUACAAAAAAGCAAUAUGCGCUAUGUGUGGCAAAAAGUUAAUGAGCACUAAAAACUACAAACAGUCCGCCACAUAGAUGGUGCGCAGCAGUGCGUGAUCGGGGAUUAACAAGACAUGAGAAGUAUCGUCAAAAUGAAGUUAUUCUUUACUGUAUUUGAGUCAAAAGAUUUUUUCUUUCUCUCUUUUUCACUUUUGCCAAGGUAUAAGGGAAUAAUCGGAGAGUCUCAGAGUAAUUCAAAAUACGUGCGCAAUUCAAAUUACGAGGUUGUUUGAAUCGUGAAAAAGUUAUUUUAUUUAAUCAAGGUACCGACCUUGUUUUCUUUAUAUCAGGAUGGUGACAGAUUCGACAAUAAUGCACCAUAGAUAAUCGGUUAUUGAAAACUUAAAGGUGUAAAAAAGAUUAUGAAUUAUAUAUAAUAUUUGGGUGCAUUCACACUGCAAUUGUUAUUGCUGUCUUCCUUAUUUUUUUUUUUUGUAAACAAUGAGAUUUAUUUAUUUUGUGAUACAAACAUUUGUUACAUACUAAGCAAUGAUAAUAAUAAUAAUAAUAAUAAUAAAUCAUGAUGUUUGUAUAAAAUUAAAUAAAAUAUACAAUAUCGUAUAAUAUCAUAA